CAGUGCUCAGAGCCGCCUCUGAUUCUUCUUCCUCCCUUUUGGUUUCUCUGUUCUCAUCCCCUUCCAAGUUCUCUCGUUCUUGAACGCCAUCGAAAUGGCUCUCGCAUCUUCCAAAUUCUCCUCCGUUUUUCUUUCCUCCACUGCAGGGGAUAGCCUGAAAAAACCCAUUUCUUCUUCUUCUUCUCUGAGCGUCGCUCUCUCUGUGCCUUCUCCUUCUCUGUCUCUUGUUCCCAAGGGAUCGGGAGGCAGAAAUUUCAGGGUUUUGUCCGCGGUGACUGAAAAUCCCACCGCUCUCACCGGCGUCAUAUUUGAGCCAUUUGAGGAGGUCAAGAAAGAUGUCCUUGCUGUUCCGAUGUCGCCUCAGGUUUCCAUGGCUCGUCAAAACUAUGUUGAUGAGUGUGAAUCUGCUAUUAACGAGCAGAUUAACGUGGAAUACAACGUUUCCUAUGUGUACCACUCCUUGUUUGCGUACUUCGACAGGGACAACAUAGCUCUUAAAGGCUUUGCAAAGUUCUUCAGGGAAGCAAGUGAAGAAGAAAGAGAGCAUGCUGAAAAGCUAAUGAAAUAUCAGAAUGUUCGUGGUGGACGAGUGGUACUUCACCCCAUCAAGUCUCCCCCCUCUGAAUAUGAGCACCCAGAAAAGGGUGAUGCGUUGUAUGCUAUGGAGUUAGCUCUUUCUUUGGAGAAGUUAACAAACGAGAAACUUCUGCAUGUGCACAGUGUGGCAGAUCGCAACAAUGAUCCUCAAAUGGCUGACUUCAUUGAGAGCGAAUUUUUAGCUGAGCAGGUUGAAGCAAUUAAGAAGAUAGCAGAGUAUGUGGCGCAGCUGAGAAUGGUUGGAAAGGGUCAUGGUGUUUGGCACUUUGAUCAGAGGCUUCUUCAUGAGGGAAAUGGGCAUGCAUGAUUGCCUUCCCUGUAUUCGUGUUCACAAUGGUGGUUUCUCUAGAUGUGGUUUGUUUAGACUUGUAGAAUAGUGUAGUUGAUGUUCCUUUUAGGUGAAGUAGAUGAAGGAACUGAAAGGGGUCUGUUUUGUUAUUAUCUCUUGUGGGAAGCCAGUAUCAUGUAACGUCAGCUCUGGAUUUGAGUGUUAGAAAUAAGUGGCACUUGAUGUUGGUUAUUCCGUUUACCCUUUCAACUUUACUCGUUCAAGCUGUUUCAGAAACUGAACUUCAAUCUCUGUACUACAGAAGAAAGGAGCUGUUUAAUACUCUUCAGUGUUUAGUAUGAUAGUUAAAAUAGACUACUUCAUGGAUGAAUUA